AUGAAUGUUAUGUUAAAUUGCCCACCAAAUGAUAAAAAUGAUAGUAAAAUAAAAAAGGCGCGCUAUGUUGGUUUACAAGCAACUCAAUUCAACACAUACGUGACACUCAAACUACAGAAUGUCAAGUCGACGACGGUGACAGUGAAGGGCCCGACUCCAUGCUGGGAGCAAGACUUCCUUUUUGAAAUCAACGAUAUCAAUCUGGGGCUGCUGGUGGAGGUGUGGAACAAAGGCGUCAUAUGGGAUCGCGCCCUCGGGUAUCACUACCUGCCUCUCACCUCCGUCGCUUAUGAUGAGCAAGAGUGCGGCGGGCGGUGGGUGGAGCUGGAGGCGCAGCUGAUGAUGCGCGGCGGCGCGGUGGUCGGCACCACCGGGCCCACUGGCCAUGCCUUGCUGUUGGACUGCCGGUUCGAGCCGCCUUUUGAUGCGGAAGGCACCGGAGGCGCCGAUCUUCAGCGCAAGCUGGACUUGCUCAACGGCGCCCUCGAUGCUGAGCGGGCGGAACAAGCGCGCCGACAGUUGCAGUACGUGGCACAUUCGGGUUACUCAGAAGAUUCAGACUAUACGUCGGAUCUAAACUACCCGGUCGGCCAACACGCUAACUGCAGCGCAUCGCAGUUCAGAAGCGCCGCGCAUCAGAUGCAUACUCCACAGAGGUCUUUGGAGGCAUCUCGUGAAAACUCUUAUGAAAGAGAUGAAUAUCACCUGCACGGCGAUAGUGACCCUCUCUAUUACAACAGCCAGCCUAGGACUAAUAGAAUAGAGACGUGGUCGCAGUUGCACGCACAGGCGAGUGUGGAAUCCGCUAUAUCAUGGCGGACGGCGGCAGAUUGGCAAUCUGGAGAGGAGCAGCGAAGGCCGAGUUUAGAGCGUCAGAAUACGUUAUAUGAUGACAGCAUAGGAUACGGGUACGACUCAUACACCGCUAGUACGCACAUUAGGUGA